CUCAACCUCAGGUUCACUUUUGUUACCGAAUGUCGCAACAACGCAAGGCCCUUUGGGAUGUUGACGAGGAUCUGCAAGAUGUUGACCUGAGCCUCGCCAUCGGGAACUACGGCCAGAAUGGAAUCUACGACGAGGCUGAGCCUAGGAUUGACGAGGCAACACUGCUUGCGGUCCAGCAACAGAUGGUACAGCAGGCCGCGUUUGCGCAGAUUCCAGAUGUGGUGAAACGGUUCAUCGUACACUUUCACCAUGCUGUUCUUGAAAACAACCUCGCGGAGAUUACGGCUGCGUACGAGAGUGGGUGGAACCGCCUGACGGAGAAGUUCUACUCGAAGACGGAGUGGCCAGAAGCGGAGGUGAUCGCUCCCCUUGUCAACGAUGACCAGAUUUUCUUGAUUCUGUACCGCGAACUCUACUACCGUCAUGUUUACUCCCGCCUGCAGCCCGACAUUGACGACCGCUUUCACUCUUACGAGAACAGCUGUGAGCUGUUCAACUACCUCCUGAACUCUGACGGCCCCGUCCCGCUCGAGCUGCCGGAACAGUGGCUGUGGGACAUCAUCGACGAGUUCAUCUACCAGUACCAGUCGUUCUGCGUCUGGCGCUCGAAGGCCAAGUCGAAGACAGAUGAGGAGCUCAUACUGCUCGCGGACGCGAGCCAAGUGUGGAGCUCAUACAGCGUGCUGAAUGUCCUGUACUCGCUCAUCCAAAAGUCCAAGAUCAAUGAGCACCUCGUCGCUCUGCAGGAGGGAAAAUCUGCUGAGGAAAUUGCAGAAAUUGUCGGCGAGUACGGUGUGCGCCCACUCUACCGCAUGCUCGGCUACUUCAGUGUCGUCGGGCUGUUGCGCGUGCACAGCCUUCUUGGCGACUUCACGCUCGCGCUGAAGGUAAUGGAGAACGUCGAGCUCAACCAAAAGUCACCGUUCACGCGCGUGACGGCGUGCCAUGUUACGACCUACUACUACGUUGGCUUCUGUUACAUAAUGCUGCGCCGAUACCCCGAUGCCAUCCGCGCGUUUGUAUCGAUAUUGAACUUCAUCCUGCGCAUGCGGCAAUAUCAUACACGGAGUUAUCAGUAUGAUCAGAUCAACAAAACAGCGGACCGUAUGUACGCGUUGUUCGCUAUCUGCAACGCCUUGUCACCAACGCGCCUCGACGAUAACAUCUCCAACAUCGUCAAGGAGCGGUAUGGCGAGCAGUUUACGAAAAUGUCAAGAGGUGAGGAGGGUAUUCCGGCGUUCGAGGAGCUCUUUCUCUACGCCUGCCCGAAGUUUAUCUCCGCAAAUCCCCCGCCGUACGAGGACCCCGAGCUGCGCGCAGCGUACAUCGAAGAGCCGCCGGUUGAGCCCGCGCAGCGGCACCUGGGGUUGUUCCUGUCCGAGGUGCGGGCGCAGGCACCGGUGCCGACGCUACGCAGCUUCUUGAAGCUGUACACAUCGUUGGACGCAAAGAAGCUUGCGAACUUCCUAGACGCGGACGAAGAAAAGAUGGUGCAGCAAAUGAUGGUGAUGAAGCAGGCGAGCCGGUCGGUAAGUCGCGUGGAGAACGAGAAAGGGCUGCUCGACGGGCAGAUGAUCUCGACGUGCGAUCUGGACUUUGUUAUAGACGAGAAUAUGGUCCACAUCGCGGAGUCGACGGUUGGGCGCCGUUACGCAGGCUGGUUCAUCCGGAAUACGGAACACGCGCAGCGCGUCUUUGACGGUAUUCGCAACAGCCCGCUUCCUGCCCCACCAAAAGCUGCACCUGUCGCCAACGUAUCUACGGACUCCGCCGCGCCCGCUGCCUCGGGCCCACGGCCAGGAGGCCCCCGUGUUGCAUGGGGUAGCGUCAAGGCCGCUUGAGAAAAGGGUUCAUGUGCUGAAACACGCGUUUUGUAUCUAUGAAUUGUUUGCGCCGAUUGAUGUUGUAGCCUUGAAUUUCGCCUUAUAUGAAACCGGGUGAUCCUCCCUGCACAGG